AUGCACAAACACCUCCAAGUCGUGGUAGACGCAGCCAACACUUUCUCAGCUCCAUACUAUGGCACCCAGUGGGUCAAGGAAGCAGCAGAGCACGUCGCCAAGCUAGCCAAGUCGUUCAAUAAGCUUUCAUUGCAGUCGGGUCAAGAGGCUAUGAAAGACUGGGUCGAUAUCCUUGUGAGAUAUCCGGAAACAUAUUUGGGUCUUGUGUGGACUGUAGACAUGUGCGUUAGCCGCAGGAAGCUACCUGAAGCUCAAGACUUUCCUUUGUGCCUCCGCAACGAUGUGGAGAGGCUGAAUGCAGCCCCUCGGGAAUUGGAGCAUGAGAAUCUAGACUCUCGGUCUUUGGAUGGGCAGAAGGACCUUCAGCUCAUACAGUCACUAGAUUAUCUUUUGGGUAUCCAAGAGCCCAUGGUAGAUGUCAUAUAA